AAGGGUGUCCGUCGGACAGUUGUGAUUUAAGACAUUUCUCAGUGACAGAGCAUAAACCAGUAGUCUCUGCCAGAAUAAGAACCUGUCCUUGAGUUUUCCUCUUCUCAGCGGCGGCAGCGGCGGCAGCAGCAGCAGCAGCUACUUCCACUUCCCACUGCCAGCGACGAUGACUAUAAUAGGGAAGAAAAAUCUCAUCAUCUUCUUCUCUGCCUCUGUUGCUGCUCUACUUGCCAUCGUAUUGCUCCCUGCCUUCAACACUCCUCGUUCGCCACCUGCUGUGGCUGAUUUGGUGGUCACGAAUGCCGUCAUCUACACCAGCGAUUCCUCUCACCCUUUUGCACAAGCCAUGGCCGUUCGAAGUGGCAGAAUCCUCCAUGUUGGGAAUCAAUCCUCCGUUCGGGAAUUAAUAGGUCAUGGAACUCGAGAGUUGAAUCUCGAAGGGAAAGUUGUUGUUCCCGGAUUUAUUGACUCUCAUGUGCACAUGAUUUUUGGAGGUUUGCAGAUGGUACGAGUAGUACUUCGAGAUGUGAAAAGCCAAGAUGAGUUUGUGAGAAAGGUCAAAGAAGCUGUAAGAGAUAAACAAAAAGAUUGCUGGGUAUUAGGUGGUGGCUGGAACAAUGAACAGUGGGGUGGAGACUUGCCAGCUGCUUCUUGGAUAGAUGACAUCACAACCAAUAAUCCUGUUUGGCUAUCCCGAAUGGAUGGUCAUAUGGGACUCGCCAACUCGUUAGCACUAAAACUAGUUGGAAUUACAAAUUGCACGGAAGAUCCAGCUGGUGGAACCAUAAUGAGAACCACUGAUGGAGAACCCACGGGAUUGCUGGUCGAUUCUGCAAUGAAACUUCUUCUGCAUUGGCUUCCUGAGGUCUCAGUCGAUGAGAGGAGGGAAGCAUUAGCAAGAGCAAGCAAGCAUGCACUAAUGAGGGGGGUGACAACAGUUGUUGAUUUUGGUAGAUUUUUCCCUGGUGCACCUGUAGAACUUGUUUGGGAAGAUUUUUCAGAUAUUUACCAAUGGGCUGAUUCUGCCGGGAAAAUGCUUGUAAGAGUCUGCUUAUUUUUCCCAAUGGAGACAUGGUCUCGUCUAAUUGAUCUUUUUAAAGAGACAGGUAGGGCCCUAAGCCAAUGGAUUUACCUUGGUGGUGUUAAAGCUUUUGCUGAUGGAUCAUUGGGUUCUAACAGUGCACUUUUCUAUGAGCCUUACAUGGAUGAACCUGACAAUUAUGGUCUACGAGUGACGGACCCCAAUUGGCUUCUCAAGAUGAUGGUGGCAUCAGAUAAAUCAGGGCUUCAGGUUGCUGUUCAUGCUAUUGGAGAUAAAGCAAAUGACUUGAUACUAGAUUUGUGUGAUUCUGUUGCUUCAUCCAACGGAAUGAAGGAUAGAAGGUUUAGGAUUGAGCAUGCUCAGCAUUUGGCACCAGGAGCAGCUGCCCGUUUUGGUCAGCAAGGGGUCAUUGCUUCUGUUCAGCCACAGCACCUAUUGGAUGAUGCUGAUUCUGCUGCGAAGAAGCUUGGGGUGACUAGGUCUCUUGCAGGAUCAUAUUUAUUUCAGUCACUUCUUUCUGGCAAUGCAUGUGUAGCUUUUGGUUCUGAUUGGCCGGUGGCAGACAUUAAUCCAUUAGGAGGGCUCAGAGCUGCAAUGAAGAGGAUACCUCCUGGCUGGGAAGAUGCUUGGAUGCCGUGCGAGUGUGUUACACUUACUGAUGCUUUGAAUGCGCACACGAUUUCAGCUGCUUAUGCGAGCUUUCUCGAUGGUGAAUUGGGGUCUUUAUCUGUUGGAAAAUUGGCUGAUUUUGUGGUAUUGUCUGUGGAUUCAUGGGAGGAAUUAGCGGAAGUACCUGCAUCUGUCUUGGCAACAUACGUUGGUGGGGUGCAAGCAUAUCCUUGAUAUGUUCCGGAUUGGACAGAUGGGAGAGAUGCAAUUGACAAAGGAGGUAAAUAUGGAUACAUGCAGCUCCUGCACUCAUGGCAUACAUGUGACUUGAUCUUAUGUCAAAAUCGUGGGCCCACCUUAGAUGGGGCAUUGCCCUGAAAUCAGUUUAAUAGAACAAUCCUAAUGGCUGAUGAAAUAGAAAAUUAUCUCUCGAAUCUGGUCUAUUGACUAUUUUCUUUUGAACCAUUUCAUAACACCAAUCAAGGAGUGUUUCAUGUGUUA